AUGUUUUCUACUUUCUUAUCUCUAAGCAUUGCUAAAAGUGGUAUAGGGAAACCAUCAUCAUUAAGCCGAACAAAUUUUGUUCCGAAAUCAAAAAGAGUUCAAGAAGUUGAUUAUUCAAUUGGAGAAAUUUCAAUUGACAAAGAAACAGUUGCAUAUGAGUCUCAACAUACAUUAACUUUUCAAAUCAAUAAUCCAAGUUCGAUAACUUUAUAUAUUCAUUGUGAAUAUCUAAAUAAUCAUAAAGUUUAUUCAGACUCAAUAGCUACUUCAGGUUCAAUUACAUGGCAAUUUCCAUUCCCAGAUAGUACAAAUCCAAACCAAAUUACUUUUUCUUUUUAUCUCACCGAAGAUUCAGCAGCAGAACAUACAUAUAGUGAAGUUUUUGAUUCUGCUAGAAAAGAGAAACAGAUUUCACUUAAAUUAGCUCCAGAAGUGCUAUCAAUUUAUUGGCCUACUCAAAAAAAUUUUUCAAAUUCUGAAACUCUAAGACCAUCAAUUAAAAUAAGUGAUUCAUCAAGUGGUAAAUGCUUUUACACAUUGGAUGGUACUUCAUUAAGCUUUGAUUAUGCGGCAAAUCAAGAAAAUUCGCAGGAAAUUACAAGCAUCAGCAUUGUUGAUCUUCAUUACAACAAUGGCAAUCUACACACUAUUACAAUAACAGGAUGCAAAGAUGAAAACGACAUCGCGGCAACAUCAAUGCCAGGAAAUACAAAUUAUCAAUUCUAUAUUAUAAACCUACCAAAAAUAUUAAAUAUAAGAGCACCACAAGGGGCAAUAACGGAUUAUUCUGCUAAAGUUAAGGUUGAAUUUUCUGAUAUUGACCAAGGCAAAAAAUUACAAUUUUAUUAUAAAAUGGAAGGUGAUAUGUCACAUCGAGAUAUGACACCAAUUGAAUCACCUUUUGAAUCGCCAGGUACAUCACCAAUGGAAUUCCAAUUUUCUCGCGGUUCUACAAGGAGUGUUCGAUAUUAUUAUCGGAUCUUUCUACAAUAUCUUGAUCCAAACUCUGAUAUUACACACAAAAUUUCCGACUCUUAUGCCGUAGUGCUCUAUUUUAACAGAAAACCAUCACUUAAUUUUCUAACUCAACCAUCAAAAUUUGUUUAUCAUACUGGUGAAGAUAUUUCGUUUUCAGUAGGUAUCUUGGAUGAUUCCUCAGGAAAUGUUCUGUUCAUAAUCGGAACCCAAACUCUGACACAUUAUUAUCCAUAUUCAUCCAGCAACCAAGAAGUUCCUGUAACUUUUAAACUCAAUAAUGUUGUUUACCAAAAGGAAGUAUACACCUGCACAGUAAAAAUUACAGAUGACUAUUUCGAAUCUGAUCAAACACAGACUAUUAGUAUUAAAAUCAGAAAUAAACCAUCAAUCUCAGGGCUAAAAAUAUCUCAGAAUGUAUAUCAAAUCGGAUCAGAGGUUGUUACAGUUGAUUUCAUGCUUGUUGAUAGUGACUAUUCAAAGACUAUUUAUUUCUAUCAACAUAUUGAAGGAAUGAAUGAUCAUCAAAUCGGAAGCGUUUUAACACAUGAUCCAUCAACUUCACAGCAUGCUACACUCAAUUUACAAGGUCUUUCAGCAAAUGAUUAUAGAAUUUAUAUCUAUGCAUCAGAUAAUGAGGGCACUGAAUAUUCCAAAUCCGAAGAAGUUGAACCAUUAAAUCUUAGGAUUACUGAGCAAAUGGUUCUGACCUUAUCAAAUCUAUAUGAAUAUUAUUCAAAGGAUGAUCAUAUCACACCAACUGUAACACUUGCAAAUAUUGCCGAAGAAGGCAAUUUUGUAAUUUCAUUUAUUAAAGGUGAAACGACAACACAGGUGCCAGCAGUCCAAUAUACUGUCAGUGGAAAUCCUACUUUGGACAUUUCAAUACCAGAAACUUUAGAAUACUCCAUAUAUACACUGAAAAUCCAGGCAAUUGGCCAACAUACUAAUUCUAAUGUAUAUACGAAAGAAAUUAAAAUUAUUAGCUCAACAUCUCUCGUAUUAGACAACUCUGCACUUGAACAAUAUGAUGAACAAGCAAGCAGUAUUCACAUUUCUGGUAAAGUCUCUGGAAGUGGAGACAUUACCCCCACUAUACAACUAAAUGGUCAAGAUCAAGCUGGUUACAGUAAAAUUAUUCCUCUCGGAGAUGGAACAAAUAAUCAGGAAUUCACUGAUUUCAACUUUCAAAUAACGAGCUCAAUUAUAAGAGGUCAGGCUAACACAAUGAAAGUUAUUGCCUCAAGUACUUAUGGUACCGAUUAUAAAAAUUUUCAAUUUAUUAUUAAGCGAAUUCCAAUUCUCACAGAAGUGAAAUUUGAACCAUCUGUAAUUUCUGUUGGAGGAUCAUCUACUUUGAAAGGAAAAGUUAAAUAUGAAGAUAAUUCGGCAGCGUCAGGUCUCCACAUCCAUUAUAAGAAGAAUGGAGAUGAAGCAUUUACAACAUUUAAUCUUGAUGGAACUGCCGAAAGCGACGGCUCUGUCACAUUCAGUAUUCCUGAUUUUACAUUUAAUGCAGCUAAUGAAGGCAUCCAAUACACAAUAAUAUGUACUGAUGAUUCAGAUCCAAACUCAGACACCAAAGGCAAGUCUAGUGAAACAACAUCAACUAUCAAAGUUAUCACGAAGCCAACAAUCGAGUUAACAUCGCCUGUUUCAUUGCCUAAUUACUUCCAUAAUGGAGAAACAACAGAUUUAACUUUCACUGUCAAUAGCAAAUACUCAGGUACAAUUUCUGUUACUGGCGAAAGUGACGAAACAAGUAUUGGUAAUAAGAUUUACACGGUUGGCCAAGAUGCCACAUCUGCUUCAUCAACUGUGACUAUUUCAAUUCCAGACACAUUCUCAGGAGACAAUAUCAAUGUCUAUGCCACAGUCACUUCAAAAGUCAAUGGUCCAGAUGGCGCAGAAAACAAUGUAUUAUCGGAUAAGACUAGCAUCGGCCAUAUCUCAAUCAGGAAUCCUUCGUCAAUAGAAUCUAUUACGAUCGAUCCUGAAUCAAUAAUCACAAAGAGCAGUACAUUAACAAUCACGUGCAAAUUUACUGACAAAGACGCAAACAAACCUCUCAAGCUUUUUGUCAAAGUUGAAGACAAAGUCUACUCCGCUUCAAGCACCAAGAAUUCACAAGGUGGAACUGAUGAGCAAACAUAUCCAGACUUCAUAAUUGACCUGAGUGAAGCAAGCAACGGCCAACUUGCACCAGGAACACACACGAUGUAUGCAUGGCUCGCAUCAGAUGGUGAAAUCGAUAAGAUCGAUUACACUGAAGGUGAUAGCACUGUCAACAAUCUUCACUCGACUAAAAUGUCUAAAGACAUCACAAUCCUCGUCGCAACAUCACUUAAAUUAGAGAAUGCUGCAAAUGAACAGCAUCUCAAUACCGAAGAAAGCCUUGCUAUCAUAGGUAAAAUUUCUGGCAGCGGAACAAUUACAUUCACGUUUUCACUUGAUGGCACACCAGCCAAUUCAAGUACAACUCAGACCAUGGAAGCACAGAUCGGCGGAAAUGAUUUAACUAUCACAGGUAUCAGCUUCCCACUAGUAGGCAUCUCACCUGGCAGCCAUACCCUCGCAGUUACUGCCACAGGUACUGAUCACGUUUCUUCAUCCAAAGAUUUGACAUUCAUCAUCAAACGUGUUCCAAUUCUCACAGAAGUGAAAUUUGAACCAUCUGUAAUUUCUGUUGGAGGAUCAUCUACUUUGAAAGGAAAAGUUAGCAAUUUAUAUGAUACUGAUAUUUCCAAAUUCUUCAUUCAUUAUCGAAAAGAUGAUGACCAACAAUAUACAAAUUACCAACUUAGACCUACCACUCAAACUGAUAAUAAUGAUCAAAUUGUUGAGUUUAGUAUUCCAAUCAGUUUUGAUGUCAAAGGAGAUUAUUCGUACUCAUUGAUUUGCAGCGAUAAUUAA